ACGUAGGUCUCACGUGACCAGGAGUCGACGUGUGCAGAAGUCCUGCUAGUCUGGUCCUGAUUCCCGUCUGGGUACCAGCUUCCUUCAACAGCGUAGACGGCGGGGCCCGCGGCUAGGGGAAGGAGAAGGAGUCAGUUUGCUGGAAUUUUGAAGGUCUGCAGGUCUGUUGUUCAUAGCAGUACGCAAGGCUAGAAAAGGCAAGGAAGAAAGUGACCGGAUCAGUACAGAAAUAAUUGUUUUCAAAGAGGAAUAAGCGGAGAAACAGUAAGGAAGAGGGAAAGGAAGAAAGGAAGAGAGGCAGACAAGAUGAAACCCUGUCAAAAAAUGGAAGGAAAACCAGAAGAUGAGAGUGAACCAAAGCUUGAGGAAGAGCCAAAGCCUGAGGAAAAGCCAGAGGAGGAGGAAAAAACAGAAGGAACUUUUAGAGAAAGGCUGAUUCAGUCUCUACAGGAAUUUAAAGAAGAUAUACACAACAGGCAUUUAAGCAAGGAAGAUAUGUUUAGAGAAGUGAAUGAAAUAGAUGAGAUAAGGAGAGUAAGAAACAAACUUAUCGUGAUGCGUUGGAAGGUUAAUCGAAACCAUCCUUACCCCUAUUUAAUGUAGUUUACCUUGAUUUUUCUUUUUUCUGAUGUUAACAUUGCUUUUGAUUUGCGUCCUCUUGAUUUACCUUUGGCCAUCUUUCUACUUUUAACUUGUUGCUAAUAGUGGCUUUAGAUGCGUCUCAUUGUUUAUUGUAUUUCAAACCAAUCUACAAAUCUCUGCCUUUUCAUAGGAGAAAUCUACUCACUUGUACAAAAAGAGGUUGCUGAAUAGAUAUAAAAUGAAAAAAAGAUUACUAAGUAAUAUGUGAAUAUCAUAUUUUUGAAAGGGGAGAGUACAUUUGUAUAUUACAUAUAUGCACAGAAGAACAUGUGAAGGAUGAAAGACAAAAAGUACAAUCAGUGGUAGGAUUAUGAGUGAUUUUUUAAUUCAGCUUAUUUGUAUUUUUCCUUAUUCCUAGAAUGUACACACGUUAUUGUUAGAAAUAAUAAAAAUUUUAUAACAAAAAAGAAGUAA